CGACCACGAUGGUAAUGGCGGCCGGGCGAGCAAUCAUUCCUCCAAACUCGUUGGCGUAUGGGAUGCAUGCCUGCGGCGCUUGCAGCGUCAUCCAUCGAAGCAUGCCACAUCGACGACAAGGCGUGGAAAGUUUCAGCGACGUCCGACAGAACUACCAUGCGACGAGAACGUUCCUGCAGCGACGCCGUCCUUGAAGUGCUUGCCCCAUACUUUGACGAUCGAUCCUCGAUUUCCACGGACAGAUCAUCGUGUUUAUCGUGGGAAGACGAGUCCGAAGACGAUUCCUGUGUCGAUGAAGGCGAUGACGUUGAAAUUCACUGCGAACAAGAUCACUACCCUCUCCAUCGAAGGCAAAGCGACGUCGCGAUGUUCCGCGCUUCUGUUCUUCAAGCCCAUGCAUGCCCACUUCACCUCCAUCAGAUCUUCGACUCCCUCCAGGAACUUCAUCAUCGGGUGUACGUCGACCGAUGCCUCGUCCACGUGCGCCCGUCCUUCCUCCUCCUCGACCUCGUUCAUGCCGCCACGUCCGUCGAACUCAUGAAGCGAACACUUCUCGAUGUUCCUCUCGAAGUCUUGGAUCUCCUCCUCGACAUGAUCGACGACACAUGGGUCGACAUCCUCGGUCUGCAGCACUACGGCAAGCGCGGCGAAGUCCACUACGCGCGUCUCUAAUUUAAGUCGUCAUCACUUCCGCGCGGUAGUACGUAGUGCAUGGCACACAGUUAUAACUUAACAUAUUCCACUUCUCCUUUUUGGCCGAAAUGGUGGAGCCCAUGGACGUCUUCCAUGACAUGGUGGAUCAUGCGCACCAUCUCGUCGGCCGCUUCAAGCGUUGGUGCGUCUGAGUGCCGCCGCACGGUCUCAAUCGCGUCGAGCAUCCCUUCCAAGUCGGCUUCCACGCGGCGCCUCGGCAUCACCUUCAAGCAUCGGUCGUCGUAGAUGCGCUUCAUGCAGUCUAGAAAGUCAUCCAAGACUUCCACGAGUUGUUGCUCGCUGCCAGACAGUUCGGAACGCUGCCGUCGCAGGAUGUUGGACGCCACCGAAUUCGACUGUGGCAAGACGUCCCAUUAGGAUGGGAAGAGACGACGGGUGCCACCAUACCGUCUCGGCCAAUGUCGCCUGGG